CCAAAACCGGCUGAUCAGAAGGAACCCCAGCGCUCCCAAGAGAAGUGGCUUUUUUUCCUUCGGCACUCGUCGUCGUCAUAGCCAGCUUUUCUUUUUCUUUUUUUUACUUGGACCACUCACUUUCCGACGGUCUUUGAAACGCAUCUAUCGGGCCGGGGUGCAGGUCACUCCUCCUCUUCGCAAUACCAAAUAUAUACCGUCGUCUCUCUCUCUCCGUCCAGAAGCCGCCACCGAACGGCCCACGUCCGCAAUCCGACAGCAGCGUGGUUCCCAAAAGUAGACAACUUGGGAUCUCCUCUUUCGCUCGCAUUUUGUCUCUUUUCGGGGCGCAGCAUUCACUCUCUUCGCCCGCCCGACCGCCCACCCCUUCUUGAUGAUCUUCCGAUCAUCAUGGCUGGCCUUGGCCAUUGUCUCCGCCCUGCUUCUGGUCUGCAGUCACGCCUCUUCGCCUCGUCCGCUACCGCUCAAACGGUUUGAGCACGCAUCCGAGAUUGGCCUCGAGGUCGUCCGGAGAGUGUCGCCCGACGGUAGCGCGCCCCAGCGCAUCGCCCGGCGAGAACAGCCGAGCUUCGGUGGCCGGAGAUCCCCGUCCGUCGAGCACACCGAUUCGAUCCGACUCAGCCUCCGGGCCUUUUCGCAGACCUUUCACCUGCACCUCGAGCCGUACCAUGAUCUCCUUCAUCCCGACGGUGCGCAGGUCCGGUACUACGAGCGCGAUGCCCGCGGCGUCGAAGUACUUGCGCGGACCGAGCAGCUGAUGCCGCACGACAUCCGUGCCUACCACGGCGUCGUCGUCCAUCCCGCAUACACCGCUCGCCGCUUGGCAGAGGACAGCAUCGGGAUCAAGCGCAGCGGGAGCGUUCAUGAUCAGGAGGGCGUCAUGGGGAGGGCUGCCAUCAUGCUGUACGACGAUGGCUCGGGCAAUGGCACAGCCCUCUUCGAAGGCACCUUUGUGUGGGGGAACAACGAGCACACGAUCCAGACUCCGAUCAAUUACCACACCUCUCGGCAGCCGCACGACGUGUCCAUCUCGCCAAGAUCUAUCGCCAAGGGCGGCAUGAUCGUCCACCGCCAGUCGGACGUCAUGUCGCAAUUUGAGGCCCGCGAUCUGGUCCCUGUCGGCGAGAGCAUGGGGUGCAGCUCGGACAGAAACGACUAUAAUGCAAACAACCACCUCAUCUUCAGCGAUGACAACAACGACGAAUUUAGCAUGAACCCCAUGGACUUUUUUGCGCCGUCGAACCCACGCCACCAGGCUCGAUCGAUGGUCAUGGCAGGCGUCUCUGACUUGUUCAGCGGGAACAAGCGCUCUGCUUCCACCCCUCUCGAGACGUCGAUGGACGCUCCUGCGCUGAGGCGCCGGCUUCUCUUCUCAUAUGAAGAUGCAGCUUUGCACCUGUGGAAGCGACAGUCGGGCAAUGACCAGCUCGGUGGCUCUAACAACGACUCUUACACCGACUCCAUUGGCCAAACUUCGGGUUGCCCUUCGCAGGCAAGAGCCAUCUACAUCGGUGUUGCCUCGGACUGCACCUACACUGCUCGCUUCUCCGAUCAAGGACAGGCUAGAAACGCCACACUAACCAACAUGGCCACCGUUUCGCAAAUUUACCGGUCCACCUUCAACAUCUCCGUCGGCGUCGUCGAGCUCGAGGUCCGGGACGCCAGCUGCCCCUCUACUGCUCAGGCUGAUGCCCGGUGGAAUGUGGGCUGCAGCGGCUCUUCGCUCGAUCAGCGACUCUCUGAUUUCUCCCAGUGGCGCGGCUCUCGCGAGGCCAAUGGCACCGCCCUCUGGCACCUCCUCACCGCCUGCUCCACGGGCUCCGAGGUCGGUGUCGCGUGGCUGGGAACACUCUGCAAGACAGACGCAAGUGGAAGCGGCGACAGCAUCAUCAGCAGCACCGGUGUCACGGCUGUGACUUCACGCGAGGCCCAAGUCAUGGCCCAUGAGAUCGGCCACAACUUUGGUGCCAUCCACGACUGCAUGUCCGGCUGCUCCAUCUCUGGUACCACGGCCCAGCAGAGUGGUGGUGGAGCCAUUUGCUGCCCGCGCUCGAGCAGCUCUUGCAACGCGGGAGGGCAGUACAUCAUGAACCCCUUUUCGCAGCAGGACACCAACGACUUUUCACCAUGCUCCGUCGGUAACAUUUGCUCGCUAAUUGGCCGAGGAUUGGACACAUCCUGCGUCGUUGAUCCGAGCAAGACGCGCCGAGAGACGCUGUCGGCCCAGCAGUGCGGCAACGGCAUCGUCGAAGCGGGCGAGGAGUGCGAUGCGGGCCAGAAUGGGUCCAAUUGCUGCACGACGGACUGCAAGUUGACGGCCAACAGCAAGUGCGACCCCGAGUCGAGCGCAUGCUGCACUAGCAGCUGCCAGUUUGCUGACUCCAGCGUCACCUGUCGAGCGGCCGUCGACGACCGGUGCGACACAGCUGAGAUGUGCUCGGGGACGAGCGCAGACUGUCCGGCUGACGAGCGAAAGUCUGACGGUUCCUCGUGCGGAAGCGGGCUGCAGUGCGCCUCGGGCCAUUGCACGUCGCGAGACCAGCAAUGCCAGCAACAAUCCCAAGCUGCCUACAGCUUCACACGAGCCUGCUCCGUCACGGCUGACAACAGCUGCAGCGUGUCAUGUCAGGACCCGUCCAAUGCCAACAGCUGCAUCGUCUUGCAGCAGAACUUCAUCGAUGGCACCGAGUGCGGCUACGGCGGACACUGCCAGGGCGGCCAGUGCCAGUCGGGCGGCUGGCAAAGUACCUUUUCAUCAUGGUACCGCAACAACUUGCAGAUUGCCGUCCCUGUCACCAUCGUCAUUGCCGUCAUUGUCCUCCUCAUUCUCUGGGGCCUCAUUCGCUGCAUUAUUCUCCCGUGCUUUGGAAAGGCGAGCCGGCCCAAGGCUGCGGGCGUCAUCCCCGGCAAGCGUGCAUCUGCGCGGCGAGGCGGAGGCAGCCGAGGCGGAAGUGUGGGCGGUGCCGGACCGUUCCUGCAGCCCAGCACCGAUGAGGCCUGGCAGCCCGUCCAAAGCCAGAGGAGCAGCGCAGGCGCUCCACCCCCACCUCCGCAGCACCCAUCGAUGCGCGACUACAAUGCCGGACGGCAGCAGCCGCCGUCAAGCUGGGUCGACCCUGCUGCAUACAAUGGCAGCAUGCCCUCGAGCGGAGGACCUUCGUACGACCACUAUGGCAACGGCGGGUACCGAUAUUGAGCCGUCUUUUCUCUGCUGUAUCCUUUUUUGUCUUUUUCUUUCUUUCAACCUCUCUCUUUCACUGAUUAGGAUCUCGCUCGCAACACGUAGUAGCUCUUCCAGCGCCGCAUUGUAAUGCUGUACAUACCUCACUCAUUCCUAGCCCACAUCACUCACUCACUCACUCACAAUAGGACAGUCUUUUUCAUCGGAGCG